GCCACAAAGGGAGGAGUGAAAGCACUCGAAUCUCCUCUCACCCACCACCGAAACUCUCGCAUUCAUUCAAUCGAUCGCUUAUCUCUCUCUCUUCUUCCUCUUUUCCUUCGGUUGCUCCGAUCGAUGGCGAAUAAUCGAUUUGCGGGGCGCGCGAUCGAUCGGCCGCGCGAGAGAGCAAUGCUGGCAUUGCUCUUGUUUUUUCUAUCCCUGGAUCUCUCGCUGGGGCAGUAUGAUCACGCCAAUGCCUAUGGCGUUCCCGCGAUUCUAAUCUUCGGCGAUUCCACCGUGGACGCAGGCAACAACAAUGUGUUUAGCACGAUCAUGCACAGCAAUCACGCGCCCUAUGGCCGCGAUUUUGGAUUCCCCACCGGGAGAUUCAGCAAUGGUCUGCUCGCGCCGGACAUCGUCGCCCAGAAGCUCAAUCUCCCAUUCCCGCUCGCGUUCACUAGUCCGAAUGCCACCGGAGACAAUCUCAUCUUUGGAGCGAAUUUCGCGUCGGCAGCGUCGGGGCUGGUCGAUUCCACGGCUUCGUUGUUUAAUGUGGCUUCGUCCACGCAGCAGCUCAAGUGGUUUGCGAGUUAUCGGCAGCAAUUGGAGCGGAUAGCCGGGCCGGAUCGCGCGCAAUCGAUCCUCUCCAGGGCGCUCUACGUGAUAAGCUCCGGGAGCAACGAUUAUAUCUACUAUCGCCUCAACACUCGCCUCUCCUCGCAGUACAAUAACGAGCAAUUCCGGGAGCUCCUCAUCAAGCAGACCUCGCAAUUCAUCCAGGAGCUUUACAAUGUCGGUGGGCGCCGAUUUGCGGUAGUCUCAGUGCCUCCGCUGGGAUGCUUGCCAUCGGAGAUCACAACCGCGGGCAAACGCGAUAGAAGCUGCGUGGAAGAUCUCAAUUCCAAGGCCGUCGCCCACAAUGUCGCGCUCCAGCAGCUGCUCACGCGAACCAAGGCCUCACUGCCGGGAACCAAGGUCGCAUACCUCGACUGCUACAGCGUCCUCUUCGAUGCCAUCCACAAUCCUGCGAAAUACGGGUUUAGCGAGACGAAUCGAGGCUGCUGCGGCUCCGGAUUGAUCGAAGUGGGCGAUCUCUGCAAUGGAUUGUCGAUGGGGACGUGCUCCGACUCCUCCAAAUUCGUCUUCUGGGACAGCUUCCACCCGACGCAGGCAAUGUAUGGAAUCAUCGCCGAGGUGUUUUACAACCAGGCCGCCGCGGUGCUCUAGUGAGCGCAAAUCGAGAACUCUAGACAAGGAAAAGAAAGCCCUCUCCCAUCUUCCAAAUCCAAUCCCAAAAGAGAAAAGAGCUCGAGACACUGUAAAUUUGGUCACUGAGAUUCGGGCAGUAAGCAUAAAAGCGCUUAAUCCUUC